AUGGAGUUGACUUAUCUUGUGAGACUAAAUCAGCUGAACUUGUCAAGAAAUAGUUUGGGUGGAGUCAUACCUCAGAACAUUGGGAAUUUAAGUCGACUAGAAUCACUAGAUUUGUCUCAUAACAAUUUUAGUGGAAAAAUUCAUACGGGCUUGGCAGAAUUAUCUUUCUUGGCAUACUUGAAUCUAUCAUUUAAUCAUUUGUCAGGAAAGAUCCCCACAGGUACUCAAUUGCAAAGUUUCAAUGCUUCUUCAUAUGUUGAAAAUUUUGGAUUAUGUGGACUUCCUCUUUUGACUGGAUGCCCUGGAGAUCAUUCAACUUCUAGAAAUCAUGACAAUAAAUUCUACAAUGAACUUGAUCAAGAAUGGUUUGAUAUGUCAUGGUUUUUCAUUGGUCUUGAAUUUGGAUUUGCUCUUGGUUUUAUUGGAAUUUGUGGAGCUUCGUUACUAAAUUUUUAUCGGAGACUUGCUUAUUUUCGAUGCUUGAAUAAAUUUGAAGAUUAG